UCUCUAGCUUCAGCCUCCUCUUCAAACCGAUAGAACUGGCAAAAUUACAAAAAAAAAACGAAGCAAGCGCUGAUUUUACUGAAUCUCCUUACUGAAUCGGCAUAAUAUCAUACUCAAUAUAGUUCGGCGCCUGAAGGGAGCUGGCGAAGUAAACAUCAACUUCGAGAGUCUCGGAAUCUUUCGGACUUUGCUAUAGGAAAAAAGCGCUUGAUAAGAAAAAGGAUAUCACCAUGUCGCACACCAUCCUACUGGUUCAGCCGGGUGCUCGUCCGGAGACCCGCACCUACUGCGACUACGAGAGCGUCAACGAGUGCAUGGAGGGCGUGUGCAAGAUCUACGAGGAGCACCUGAAGCGGCGCAAUCCAAACACGCCGACCAUCACGUACGACAUUAGCCAGCUGUUCGAUUUCAUCGACACAAUGGUGGACAUCAGCUGCAUGGUGUACCAGAAGAGCACCAAUACCUAUGCGCCCUACAACAAGGAUUGGAUCAAGGAGAAGAUCUAUGUGCUGCUCCGCCAGGCGGCCUUCAGUUCCAAUACCUAAGGGACGACGACGCGAGAAAGAAACAUAAAUCAACCAAAUAACACGAUGAUGCAUGCACCAAUGCGUGCAACAACACCAGCCACAACAACACGUUGAUGCAUGCAACAACGCGUGCAAUACCAACCACAACAACACGAGGAUACAUGCAACAAAGCGGGAAACAGCAACCGCAAAAACACUACGAUACUUGCAACAACACAAGGAUACAUGCAACAGCGCUGAACACAGCAUCCAGGAUUAUCAACGCCCACAACACCAUAACACCAAUAACACCAAUAAGAUGAAGAAGAAGAAGAAGGAGGAGAUGUGGGUGGGGCAUCGAUUCCAGUGGGAAAUGCUGCUACCGACUAGAUCGCCAAAUGACAGCAACGUUUUUGCAACAAAACGCAAUGCAAAAAA